GCAACGCGUCAGCUUUUUGAAACGAAUUGAUAAAUCGUGUUAUUGCAGCUAAUUGAUUAGUUUAAUUGACAAACAAUCUUGUUGUAUGCUGCUGAUGAGUGUUCACUAGAUUUGCGUCGACAAUGGAAACCCUGUACCACCAAACCAACAACACAGUCAAGGAAAUUGAGCAGUGCUUUCAGCGCCUGGGACAGAUUGGGCCACAAGAAGCGCUUGACGUGGAGAAUGCGAUACAAGUGAAAAUAACACAGGCAAAUUCCAACUGUGACCGACUUGAUGUCUUGUUAUUUAAAGUGCCGCCUUCACAGCGACAGAGCUCGAAGCUGCGCAUAGAUCAGCUAAAGUAUGACUUGAGACACUUGCAGACAUCCCUGCAACAUGCCCGAGAUCGUCGCCAGCGCCGUCAGCAGGAGAUAAACGAACGGGAGCAGUUGCUAAAUCAUCGCUUUGCCGCUAACAGCAAUGCGCCGACAGAAACUUGUCUAAACCUGGAUUACGAACUGCAGCAUCACACGCAGAUGGGUAACGCUCAUCGUGGUGUUGACGACAUGAUUGCCUCCGGAAGCGGUAUACUUGAAAGUCUCAUAUCACAGCGAAUGACACUGGGCGGUGCUCAUAAACGUAUCCAGGCCAUUGGCAGCACCUUGGGAUUGUCGAAUCACACGAUGAAAUUGAUAGAGCGGAGAUUGGUUGAGGAUCGGCGCAUCUUUUUGGGCGGCAUGGUGGUCACAUUGUUGAUAAUCGGACUGAUUAUAUAUUAUUUUAUAGUGUUAUAGUAAAACCAAAAUAUCAUCUGGGUCGAGUGUUAAAUUAAAUGUACUCUAUUUAAA